AUGCACGUCGAAACUUUUGUUCGUUUCUAUAAAGAGUCAUCGCAAGCUUUAGGAAGAAGAUUUGAAGAGUUUUGUGAAAGAUUUUUAGCUGAGUGUUUUAGAGAAUUUAAUAUAAUAGUGGAGCGAGUUGGAAAAAAUCGAGAUGGCGGUAGAGAUAUUAUUCUUAUAUUAUGUGGAUUCAGAGGAGUUGUGCAGUGUAAAGCAUAUUUCAAUCAAAAUAUAGAGAGAAAGCAUGUGGAUGAGUUGAGGACUGUUAUAAGAGAUGGUAAUUUUUAUUUUGGAGCUGUAGUUGGUGUUUGCAAAGAGAGAAUAGGUGGGAGUGCGUAUGAGUCGGCAAGUAGGGAAAGAGAAAGAAAAGUAGCGGUGUGUACAUAUAGAGAGUUGGAUAGGAUGGUUUUGGAGAUGGUGACGGAUUUGUUAAGCAUAGAAGUAGACGAAUUACGAGUUAUCAUUGAAGAUAAUUCUAGACAUGAUGCUGAGUUUAAAAGCAGAAUUGAGGAAUUAGAGAAAAGUAAAGCAGAUAUUGCUUCUAAGAAUGCUGAGCUUAAAACUGAAGUAGCAAAAUUAAGACGUGAUUUUGAGGAAAUCAAAUCAAAGGGAAUAACCACCGAUUCUUCAGAGCGGUUACCAAUUUCCUUGUCAGCAAAGAAUGAGACAAUAAGCAUUUUUACUAAAAUAGAAAAUUCUAAUAAUACUCAUAAGGAGUCUAACACAUCUAAUUCUGAUAUAUACCAGAAUUCAGUAACCCCCACAUCUCCCGCAGAAACCAUAUCAUUGGAAGAGAAUAAAGAAAAUGAAUUCCUGGAUUCAAAGCAUAAAGAAACGGUUAGUAAAAAGAUAAUUCAGUGCAUUAAGGAGAAGAAACUUCGGGAUCAAGCCCUAUCUUUGGUUAACCAUAAGAAAAAGGGAACAGAUAAACUCCGGCAAGAAUUGUUCAAUACUUCUUUAGAGCUGAGUUCACAAGAUCACUCUAUAUCAAAAAAUAUUAAACCAGGACAGAUCGAAAUUUCCGAGACGGCCCGUCCCGAAAAAUUUGAGAGCGUGGAUGGUUCUGCGAAGUGUAUUGUUAAUUCAUUCGACAUUAAAGAGGUAUCGCAACAUUUAGCUCAGCUGUGCGAUACAGCCAUAGGCGCAGAAGUAUAG